AUGGAAAAUUGUACAGACACAACCAAUAACUCCUCUUGCCCAGGAAUUCCCUAUGAACACAGCAAGACACUCCUGGUUGCUGUUUACAGCAUCGUUUUUGCCAUAGGCCUUCCAGCAAAUUGCUUAACUUCCCUGCUUACAUUAGUACAAAUCCAAAGGAAGAAAGUAAUUGCCAUCUACAUUUUCAGUUUAUCAUUAUGUGAGCUGAUGUAUUUAAGUACCUUGCCUCUCUGGAUUAUCUACGUGAAAAAUGGACACUGGUGGAAUAUGGGUGAAAAUGCUUGCAGAGUAACAGGAUUCAUCUUUUUCUGCAACAUAUACAUCAGCAUUCUGCUUUUGUGCUGCAUUUCUGUGGAUCGUUAUGUGGCACUGGUGUAUGCUCUGGAGUCAAGGGGGAGAAGAGGACAAAAAAAGGCAAUCAUAAUAGUGUGUAUUCUCUUUGCUGUGGUUGCAAUAAUCCACACUCCUGUAUUUCACAUGGAACAUGAUAUGACAGGUAAUAACAACACCUGCUUUGAGACUUUGCCCCUCAACAUAAAAUUGGCUUCUUUCAGCUUUGCCAGAUUCCUAUUUGGAUUUGUCGUACCUUUCACAAUCCUCAUUUUCACAAACUACAAAAUUUUCCGAAGUACAAAAACAAGCAGCAGCUUGACUUGUCGCCAAAAAGCCAAAGUGAAGUAUCUGGCUAUUGCCAUUAUUGUCAUUUUCCUGAUCUGCUUUGCUCCGUACCAUGUGGUACUCAUAAUAAGAGCCAUAUACUUUAUGUUUCAUCAGAAUUGCUCAUGUCCAUUUGAAAAAGAUAUAUAUUCCAUUUUUACAGUGUUUCUGUGUUUAGCCACUGCAAACAGCAUUGCUGAUCCAAUCAUCUACGUGCUGGUUAGUGAAAACGUCAGAAAAGAUUUUUAUAGGACUCUGAGAAGAUGGAGAUUGAACUCAUCCAGGAUGAAUUCAUCCAUUAAUCAUAAGACGGACAGCAUAAAAUUGAAAAUGUCAAAAGAAUCACAGGAAGCAGGGCUAAAAGAAGAAAACAAAGAAAUACCAGAUUCAUCGGACUUUCAAAAGACCUGUAAUAGUGGCAAAGACCAAGAAGGUGGCAGCUAG